AUGUACCGGGAACUCAGGCACGCAGUAGCGGAUCGAGAGGGGGUGGCCGGGGGAAAAGAUAAACAGGAAAAAGGUCGUUUUGGCCACAUUGCCACAAAUGUUGGCUUCCAUCCAAACUCGAACAUUACCACAUAUGUUGGCCUCUCCGUCAAAAGUUGUCCAGAUCCGCCACUGUACGCACUUAUGCACAUUGUGCAUUUUUUAACAGCGAAAACAAUGACAGACAGCAACUGCAUGAAUCACGUCAAAACAGCAGCCAAAUUUGCUAUCCCAUCAAAAAGAGCUUUAGGAACAACAAAACUGCCGGACAAAUAA